AUGGCUUCGAUAUACCGGACAGUGGCGCCGGUAGCAUCAGCUCGGAGAUGUAUCUCGUCCUCCGCUCUCCGCAGUCAGAGGAGCUACAGAAGUUCGCCAGCACUAUUGCCGCAGCGGCCUCCGGCGAUACCGGCGGGGGCGCUGCUGCGAUCUAGCGUCGCAACGGCAGGGCCGUCCGAAGGCGUUCUCCAGCUGCAGCCAGGGCACCGCAGAUUCGGAACAUCGUCGUCGCUGGGGUCAUUCCGCGGGUCACCCCCUAGGAGGGGCGAACAUGUCAUGGAGCUCCCCGGGCUUGGCGACUCCAUCUCCGAGGGCACCGUGGUGGAGUGGCGAAAGUCGGUAGGCGACGAGGUGUCCGAGGACGAGGUCAUCGCCGUAGUAGAGACCGACAAGGUCAGCGUUGACGUGCGGUCGACGCACGUUGGGGUUGUGGUGAAGCUCUUCGCUGCCGUCGAUGACGUGGUGGAGGUUGGGAAGCCCCUGUGCACGAUAGAUGGGGACGAAGCUUCGGUGGUGAAGGCUAGGGUCCAGGCUCAGCAGGACGAGGAAGACGCAAACGCUCCUCCACCGGAGUUGAAGAAGCCUAGCCUCGAGGACGCCAUGGCCGAAGCCUUCAUGGCGGGGGCCGACUUCGUGGCACCAAGGAAGAAAAGCCACAAGCCCUUGAUCAAGUUCGUCGGGAAACGGGCCCUCCUUACGGAGAAGAAGGAUAAGAAGGAAAAAGAUGGCCUCCCCGCACGCCAUCGGCACAGUCCGGGUGCCCUCGACUUCUCCCAGAUCGUCGGCGGCGCCAUGUUCGGCCGCCCGGCCAUGAGCGAGGAGGAGAUGGAGGCGGUCGACAGCGGGGGAGCCGAGGCGGCACCGCAGGUGGUGCCCAUGAUUCAGGUGGGUGAAGGCGAUAUGAUGUUGGUGAAGGAGGAAGAAUACCGGUGA